CAGCAGUGAGUAGUUUCCAGAGAGGACACAGGCACAGGACAAGGAACAAGGAGAAAAGUAAGAGAGAGGGGGAAAAAAAGUAAAGAAGUAAAAACACACUCUUGGCUGGGAAUCCAUCCAUCCCAUCCAGCCCCCUGCAAAAGCUCCAGUCUGGAGUGAAUGGUCAAAACCAGUGUGACUGGGGGUCUACUGGUUUUCCAGCCACAGUGAGCAGACUGCAGAACAGCAUGGCUGACGGCGUGAGCGAGGACUCAGAGUAUAACCUGGGGAAAGAUGAGCUGAACUGGGGCUACGAGGAAGGUGUAGAGUGGGGACUCCAUUUCCCAGCAGCCAAUGGCGAGUAUCAGUCUCCAAUUAACUUAAACUCCAGGGAGGCCCAGUAUGACCCGUCCCUCCUAGACGCCGGCUUAUCACCGAACUAUGUUGUGUGUCGAGACUGUGAGGUCAUCAAUGAGGGACACACUGUCCGCAUCAUUCUCAAGUCCAAGUCAGUGGUUACCGGGGGUCCGCUGCCCAGCGAUCAUGAGUUUGAGCUUCAUGAGGUUCGAUUCCACUGGGGCAAAGAGAACCAGAGAGGAUCAGAGCACACUGUCAACUUCAAGGCUUUCCCCAUGGAGCUCCAUCUGAUUCACUGGAACAGCACUCUGUUUAACACUUUGGAGGACGCUCUGGGGAAGAAGAAUGGAAUCCUCACCAUAGCUUUGUUUGUGCAGAUUGGUAAAGAGCACCUGGGUCUGAAGGCCAUCACUGAAGUCCUGCAGGACCUACAGUACAAGGGGAAGAGCAAAAUAAUCCCAUGCUUUAACCCCAACACUCUGUUACCUGACCCAUUGUUGAGAGACUACUGGGUGUAUGAAGGAUCUCUGACCACCCCACCCUGUAGUGAAAAUGUGACCUGGAUCCUCUACCGCUACCCUCUCACCAUCUCACAGCUGCAGCGGUCAUGGGAAGCUCAGUGCAAGGUUUUGUGCGACUUAGACACUCAAUACGCUCAAUAUCAAUGA